GCUCACCCACUCUCUCAACUAUAAAUACACAGAUCACUCAAAUCAUGCAUCAGAAUCGCUCAAACCUUGCGGUCACAUUAGUGAUUUUAUAUCCUCCUUCAGUUUUUCAUUACUAAGCUCAAGGAUAUGGGUUCAGUCACCCAAUUUGAUCAGAAGCUUGCCCUUGCCAAACGCUGUUCUCAUGAAGGAGUAGUUGCUGGUGCCAAGGCUGCAGUUGUUGCAAGUGUCGCAGCUGCCAUUCCUACUUUGGCUAGUGUGAGAAUGCUGCCAUGGGCAAGAUACAACCUUAAUCACACUGCUCAAGCUCUCAUUAUCUCCACAGUUGCCGGAGCUGCUUAUUUCAUAGUUGCAGACAAGACGGUCUUGGCAUCAGCAAGGAAGAACUCUUUCAAGAACACCCAGCUUGCCAACAUCAAAGCUUAGCUUAUGAUUAAUUUUCAUGUAAUUUAGCUACUAGGAAUAAGUAGUGUGCAUGUAGAAACUAUACUAAUGAAGUUAUAUAUGCAGCUAUGAUGUUAAUGGUUUCAGUGAACGACUAUUAUAUAAAGGUUUGAGCAACCUUUUAGUA